CUGGGGCAAGAGCUCGGCACUUCCCCCAGCUGUGUCACUGCUGGGCAGGAGGGGUCACAGGGCACCCACACUGGCACAGGACACACUGGGCAGCCCCCAGCGAUGUCCCUUCUCUGGGCCUGAGGAUGGCCAUGGAGCUGAGAGCCCUGUUGCUGCUGCCACUCUGCUUCCCAGCUCUCCAAGGCCAAACCCCUGAAGCUGAGAGACGUCGGGAAGGGGACACUCUGAAUGUCGAGUGUCCUUAUAAAGCACAGACUGAAGACUGGCACACAAAAUACUGGUGCCUUGAGAUAAACGGAAGAUGUCAAGAAUUAGCGUGGGUAUACCAAUACGGGGAACAACCCAAGGACAGGAGAGUUAAAAUGAAGGAUGACCGCACUAGUAGGACUGUGUCCGUCACCAUGACUGACCUCCAGUCAGAGGACUCAGGCACAUAUUCCUGUACUUACUAUUCCACUGGAUAUGUGCUAAAGAAAAUCUCACUGAAUGUUUUCAAGGAGCUGCUCAAGUGGGAGUUGGACACCCUGUUAGUGCAGUGCCCGAUCGGGUAUGGUGUGGCCUGGUGCCGCAGAGAGCAGACAGACUGCACCAACCUGGUACAAAGAAGUUCAAGACAGAGUGGAAGGAAAUCCCCACAAGACAGAGCACAAAUCGAGUACAGCACUGAGCAAGGCACUCUCACCGUCACCAAGAGGAAGCUGCAGACCUGGGACACUGGUGUGUACGGGUGUGCACUGGGCCCUGGUCACACCUGGAUAAGAGAGGUCGUGCUCUCUGUGUUUAAGAGGACCCAGAAUUUCACAGCUGAGGAGUCAGGCAACGUCACUGUCCGGUGUCACUACAAGAUCGUAGACUACAGGGCUGUCAGCAAAGCCUGGUGCAAAAAGGAAGAGGAGGAAAUGUGUAAGGUGCUGGUCACCACCAGCUCAGAGCCCCCAGGGGGACAGAGCACAGCUCGGGAAGGCAGUGUCAGGAUCCAGGAUGACACCCAGCAGGGCAUUGUCACCAUCACCAUGGAGCAGCUGCAGGUGCAGGAUGCGGGUGUGUACUGGUGCGCGCUCCAGGAGAGCUCCGGUCUGUCCCGCAUGGAGGAGGUCACGCUCAGCGUUUCCAAGGCGUUGCCUCCAGGAGGAUUUGCAGAUGCUGAAAACAAAGGUGAAGAAACUCUUUUGGGCGACAGCCCAGAACCCAGCUGUGAUGGGAACGCCUUCCUCAUCCUGUCCGUGGUGCUGCUCAUCCUGCUCAUCCUGGCCCUCAUCGCCUCCAUAAUUCUGUGUGUCAGGUACUCCAAGCUCCUGGGGAGAACAGGUAUCAGAGAAGCAGAGGACACCAGUGACGGAGCAGAGGGCACAGCACAGCCUGGCAGCACUGGAAGGAGGGAAAGUUCUCAGGAUGACAGCAAAGGGCCAGCAUACAUCAACAUGGACAUUCAGUCCCACCCCAGCCCCGAGGAUCCGAUUUACAGCAAUGUGGAACCAAGUCAGGCCCACAGGAACCCCCAAAAUGUGGAAUACGCCAUCAUCGCCUUCAACCAGGCCCCAAGGAACGGCAGGGAAUGAAGCACAGAAUGCCCCAACAACCCAGAAAUGGGAGAAAGGAACUGGAAUACAGAGUGGGAAUGAGGAGUAGGAGGUGUGUGGAUGGACACGGGGGGACAAGCUGAGUUUUGCUGCCCUGUGUGGGGUUUGCCUGUGCAUUUUCAGCCCUCCCUCCUGUUAGGGCCGAGCAGAGGUUUUGCCACUUUUGUGGCAGAUUGUCUGGGGUCAGACAGAGCUGUGGGGGAAUUCCCAGGAUCUCUUGUACAUCUGCUUUUCCAGUUCCAUUAAAGUGCAGAGUCUUGGA